AAAAACAAAAAGAUCCCAACAAAGAAAGCGCGUGUUUGGAGGAGCUGCUGGGAGGUAGUAGGAUCCUGCCCCAAACUUUCGGUUGAGUUUUGUUUCGUUCCGACUCGGAUUUUUCCCGAUCGCUUUCGGGAGCGGAGGUCACAGAAGUUCCGAAGUUUCCCGGAGGAUCAGCCCUUUUCCACAAGCUGGCAGAAAAACUUCGAAUCCGGCAGAAGCAACGCCAGCCAGCCUGUCUCCUUAUGAAACUGAACAAUAAAAUGCCUGCCUUGGAUAGCAGGUCCCAUUCAUGGGUCCAAGUAAAAGAGUGGAUUUGAAAAUCAUUAUCAUUGGAGCUUUGGGUGUAGGAAAAACCUCUCUUCUCCAUCAAUAUAUUCACAAGAGAUUUUAUGAAGACUAUCGCACCACCCUGGGAGCUAGUAUUUUGUCCAAAGUUAUGGAAGUAGACCACACACCACUGAAAUUGCAGAUUUGGGAUACUGGAGGCCAGGAACGAUUCCGGUCUAUUGUGUCCACAUUCUACAAAGGUUCAGAUGGUUGCAUGCUGGCUUUUGAUGUCACAGAUAUGGAUUCUUUCGAGGCCUUGGAUAUUUGGAGGAAAGAUUUUCUUCAGAAAGUCAACUCUACAGAGCAAGGCUUCCCAAUAGUUGUGCUGGGGAACAAAAUUGAUCUGAAAGAUCGACAAGUGUCCAAAGAGGUGGCUUCAUCCUGGUGCAAGGAGAAAGAUAUAGCAUAUUUUGAAGUUAGUGCCAAAAAUGAUAUUAAUGUGAUGCAGGCGUUUGAGACCCUGGCAAGGCAAGCGCUAUCAAGAUAUCAAGGGGUGAUUGAGAAUUACCUAACCGAAUCUAUAAAGCUCAGUCCGGAAGAUCAGCCCACAACCAAAUGUUGCUGACAUCCCGUUCGGAAUGAUUGACAUUUGGAUACAGUCUGAAAGUUGGCACAUGGAACAGCUGCUGCUACUGGGAAAUGCUGCCCAUCAGGGUAAAAGAUGAACUGAUAUAACAAUAUUGCCCUCUGGCAUCCCAGCAAAGAUGGAACAGACUGCUGGUGGUUACUGAACACACAGACAUUUACGAAUCAGCAUCAAGUAUUGGGAAAAUAAUUACCAAGCUGAAAGAUUUACGACCUUACUGAAUCAGUCAGACCCUUCUCAGAUGCCACUUUGAAGUUCAGAUCUAUGUUCCAGAACACUCCGUGGAAUGAUCUGAUCUCAUAUUGAAAUUGACUGCUAGAUUUUGUUAUGUUCUUUUGGUGAAACUGUAGUAGAUAAUUUCUGGCCCAGCUUAAUGUUUUCUAGAUACAGCUUAAUUCCCAAAUAGCACAUCUGAAGGUGCUAGAGUGGGUUGGGGAAAGCUGAUCUACAUAGUUCAGGCUCAGCUACUUAAAUAUACAUAUAUAGUACCUUAGGUAUAGGUCUAUGUCUCAUUCCCACAACAAGUGUCAUAUGAGGUGCGUUGAGUUGAGGAAGAGUAACUUGCUCAAAAUCAUUCAGUGUACUUCCAUGGUAAAGAGUUGACUAGCAUCUGAGUCUUGCAUAGUCCAACAUUCAACUCCUAGAUCACCUUAGUGCACAGCUCGGUUUCCCCUCUUGGUUCCUGCCCUUAAAAAUGCAAUGUUAACCUUGAUUUUACAGCAGAAAUGCAAAACUUUUAAUAUUUGUUUAUUAAUAUUAUACAGAAUUGGAAACUAAUAUCACAUAGAUAUAUGAUUCUUUUUGCAUAGAAACAGAGGCUCUUGAGCAAAAAAAAAAAAAAAACCUGUAAAACUAUAGACGUAGACUCUAUUUUCAGGGUCCUUGUUUUUGUAGAAGGUUAAUGCUUACUUAAGCAGUUCUACAGAGAAUUUUUAAAAAAAUACUAAAGAGAAAUGAAAUAUUGGAAAAGGGAAUAUAAUAGAAUCAAUUUAUACAUGGAAAUAUAUAGCAGAGAUUUGAAAAAGGGAUUUCUUUUUUUAAAAAAAAACAUUGGAUAUGUAGUUAAUUCUUACCAUUGUUCAAAGAUCCUGCUGUUUUUUACUGAAAAGAGUUUCAGAUGUGAAUUGUAUUUGUAUGGAACAGAUUGAAGCCAUUUUCCGAAAAGAUGUUCUCGUAUUGAAUCAGUAUGGAAAUUUGAAGGAUAAUCAGGCCAAUUAUUGUCCUGCCAGCCUGCUGUCUGCUUCUUUGUUAGAUAUACGUUACUUACCAGAAGGAAGAACUCGGGUACUGGGGAAAAAUACUUUCUUCCUAUAAGAGUUAAUGAUGCAUAUGUAUGAAUCAAGGAACAGGGAAAACUAGCACACAAGAGAUAUAGAUCAGGUCAAGACUAGCUGGUGCAAAUAUCUGUUCUUUGCUCACAUAAUGAUUGAAUGUAUCACCUUCUUUUAAACUAAAAGAAGAGGCUAGACUAAUACUAAAAAUAUACAACUCAGCCAGUGCAGACAUCAACCAUCAUAAAAUUAUUGUUAAGUUAUAACGAUUUUUAUUGAUUUCCAUCUUGUGAAAGGACCACAUGGAGCCUGAACUGAUACCUCAUUGCAAAUCAGAAUGAAUUGGGUGGGGAAAUAUGAUCUCAUGAAUCUGUUCUGUAAAUAUUUUGUUGACUGUACUACUUGAACACCUUGGAAUUCAGGUUUGGCUGGUGAGGACACAGCCAAAUUCAUUUUUGGACAUUGUGCUGCCAACUCAAUUAAAAUUGAAUUUAAUAAAAAGAGAUGUGAAAUUA